AAUUGGUAGGUGAUAGAGAAGAAGCUCAAACAACACAUUUGCAAGAGAAAUCGAAUAUCUACAAGCUGGCAUAUGUGUGGUUCCAUGACGAACCAGAAGGAAGUGAGACCAAUGAUGAGUAUGUCUUGGAUGGUCUUCAACCUCAUCCUAACUUGAAAACCUUAGCAGUAGUGGACUAUUUAGGGACUAAAUUUCCUUCAUGGUUCUGUGAAAAUUUGCUACCAAAUUUGGUCAAGUUGAAAUUAAGUGGUUGCAAAAGAUGCAAAGAAAUUCCAUCACUUGGUCGACUGAAAUUGCUUCGGCAUCUUGAGCUGUUAGGAUUCCAGGAGGUGGAAAGCAUCGGGCCUAGAUUUUAUGGUAUUGACGGUAACAAUAAGGGAUCAAGCAGCAAUAUCCAAGUGUUCCCGUCACUGAAAAACUAAUAUUGGAGGAUAUGUCUAGUCUUAUUGAGUGGAAGGGAGAUGAAAUUGGGGUAAGAUUGUUUCCAGAGCUUGAGAAGUUGAGCAUUAGUAACUGUCCAUUGUUAAAAAGUACUCCAAGUCAAUUUGAAAUCCUCCAUAAAUUAAGUAUUGAAGGAGUUGACAGUGAAAUGCCAUUGUUGAACUUGUGCAGCAACUUGACAUCUCUCGUAAAGCUUAGUAUCUAUGGUGUGAAAGAGCUCACUUGUUUGCCAGAUGAGAUGCUUCGCAACAACGUUUCUCUUCAAAACCUAACGGUCUCAGGCUGCAGAGAGUUUCGUAACUUGCCACAAAGCUUGUACAAUCUCCAUUCUCUCAGGAGCUUACAAAUACACUUCUGCCCCAAUUUCAGUUCUUUUCCUAUUCCCAGUGGAGAGAAUUAUUUGACUUCUCUCCAAACUCUUGAGUUAUGGGAUUGUGAUGGAUUGGCCAGUUUACCAAGUGGAAUGCUAGAGCAUUGUCGGUCUCUGGGAUUUUUGAUGGUCAGCUGCUGUAACAAUUUAGUUUCCUUGCCUUUACAUGUGUGGGAAAUGCCUUCACUUUUUUAUUUGGGUUUAUCAGAUUGUCCCAAAUUCAUUAGUAUACCCGCAGGGGGCCUUCACCGUCUCACCAGGUUAAGGGUAUUGGAAAUUGGUCCUUUCCCAGAGAUAGUGGAUUUUGAAGCAUUCCAAUUGAUUUUUAAUGGCAUUCAGCAGCUGCUGUCCCUUCGUAAUCUGGCGGUGACCGGACUUGGGCACUGGAAUUCUGUGCCGUAUCAGUUUAUGCAACUCUCUUCCCUAAUACAUAUCCAUAUAUGUGAUUUCGGAAUCGAGGCUCUUCCUCAUAGGCUUGACAACCUUAUUUCUCUUGAAACAUUACAUCUAGUGAGGUGCAAACAGCUACAACAUCUGGACUUCUCAGAUGCCAUGCCCAAAUUACGGUUUGUGGACAUCCGCGAUUGUCCAUUGUUAGAAGCUCUGUCGGAUGGGCUCGGCAACCUUGUUUCUUUGGAAGAAUUAUAUUUACAUGACUGCGAAAAACUAGAGCAUCUGCCAUCCCGAAAUGCCAUGCGACACCUCACGAAAUUACAGAGCCUGAAAAUUAAAGGCUGCCCAAAGUUAGAAGAAAGUUUCACCAACUACUCCCAGUGGUCCAAAAUUUCCCAUAUUUCAAAUAUUGAAUUAGGUGGGCGGAGAAGGACAACCGUAGCUGGUUCAAAACGUCUCUGUGGUAAAUCAAGCCAAAUCGUAUGAGCAGCAGGCAAUUACGUUAGGUAAAUUUUCAUUUAUAAUUUAUAGGCACUUUGUAAUCUACUUGUUUCUAUCUUUCUUUUUGUUGGAAACCAAUUUUCGGAGGUCUAUGCUGAUGAAUACAACAUUACCUUCCUUAA